AUGGACUGGGGGGCCUUCAAGAAACGCGAGGCCGUAGCGAAGCUGCUCUCCAUCUUUUGGAAGGCAACUCUUAGAAAGCACGGCUUCGGCAUCGACGGUGCUGGCUUCCCUAACCUUCUUCAAGUCGUCAAGGACGUUGGACUCGAGACCUCCGGGAAAAGUGCCGCUGUCCGGCCUGCCUUUUGGCUCCUUGGCAGCUCCCGCCAACGGGGUCAAGCUCCGUUAAGGGCAGCGCUGCUCAUGGUGCGCCAAAGAGCGCCGCCAAUCUUGAGACUACUCGUCGUUCUCGUCGGAUUGGCGAAGAGCCAUGAGGCCGAGGACGGACGUGAAAGCAGGCAGUGGUAUAGCAGGAUACCUGAGAUCGUGGUCUUGGACCCAUCUAUGAGCUCUAAAGAGCUCAAGGCAAAGCUGUCGGAGGUGAAAGACGCGACGUCCCAUUUUGGACCUGCAAGACGUGCGGUCUUGCUCAAACCCGGGGUCUAUCCUCAUGACAUGUGGAUCGAUAUAGGCUACUACACCACUGUCGCUGGGGUCGGCAGAGGUCCUGAAUCUGUUGUAGUCCCGGAUGCCUGGGUCAGUAAUGACAUCACAGAUCAAGCAACGAACAACUUCUGGCGCUCGCUGGAAGGAGUCACUGUGACAGCGGGACGCACCAUGUGGGCUGUCUCACAGGCAGCACCGCUUCGAAGAGCAAUCGUCAAGAACGAGCUCUGGCUCUCUCACAAGGCGGGAUACUCCAGCGGUGGCUUCAUGAGUGAUGUGGAGGUGAACGGGAAGCUGGUGAUGGGCACCCAGCAGCAAUGGUAUGCACGGCAGGUGUCCCUGCCGCCGGAAGGACUUUACUGCACCGGCGGCUGGAACUACAUUUUCCAGGGUGCUGUCGGACUUGACAAAAAGGACAUGCACGCUUGCGAUGGAGGCAUGACCGAGAAGGUCUCGCAGGUGUCGGGAAUACCAAGAUCUGCCGAGAAGCCAUACCUUGUCUUCGAGGAGACAUCCGAUUGGAAGAUCUACGUGCCGAAGAUGCUGAAAAAUCCAGCUCCUGGUGCGAUUGGCAAGGACCGCGAAUCACACAUUGAUCGUGCGCUCUACAUCGAUUCCGAUGUGUUCAUUGCCACUCCGGACAUGUCGGCUUCGGAUAUCAAUCGAGGCAUGGCGACGAAGGAGGGCAUGCUGCUGACACCCGGUAUCUACCGUCUGGACGAGCCUCUGGUGAUCACUUCCAGCGGUUUCGUGCUACUCGGGAUAGGCUUCCCCACCUUGGUAUCACCACCUGGACGAUCGUGUCUGCAGGUGACAGACUUUCUGAACGAUGUGAGGAUCGCGGGCAUCAUGCUGGAUGCGGCCACUCCAGUCCUCGGCUUCUAUGCGGAGCCGCUGCUGCAAUGGGGAAGCCGUGGCGAGACCGACGCAAGAUCGGCGGAAGCAAGUACCGGAGUCGCAUCUGACAUUUUUGCGCGUGUUGGAGCCUUUAAAUAUCUGGGCCUGGGCUGUGCCCCCGUCAGAGCCAACACGCUUAUGGAAUUCAAUUCAGACAAUUUGAUCAUCGACAAUGUUUGGGCCUGGCAUGCUGAUCAUGACGACUGCUCCAAUUUCACGAUGACGCCGAACAACAACGAAAAAGAACCCAUGUUGCAGCACAAGUUCAAGUCAGACAAGUGCUGGAGCCAACAUGGCGUUGUCGUGAAUGGGCGCAACAUUAUCGCCUUCGGCGUUGCCGUGGAGCACAUUAUCGAUGGACAUCUUCUAGUCUGGAAUGGCGAAGAUGGACAGCUUUAUUUCUUCCAGGCGGAGCUACCAUACCAUUCGCGGCUGAAUCUCGAGAGCAGAUAUGCUGCGUAUGUCGUACCUCCGCAAGUCUUCAACCACUUCGGAGUGGGCAUCGGCGUUUACAUCAUUGGUGGACAUCCGGCCUAUGCCGCCCUGGAGAUAUCGGCCUUCACCGACAUCAGAAAGGUGUUGACCGUUGUCAUCGGCAAACAGAACCAGCUCUUUCGCCACCAGGUCUGUCAAGUCAUGCUCGAUGGCUCAAGGAUAUGUCAUCAGCCAACACAUUGCCAGUGGGCUCGUUGCUACUUGGCAACUCUUCCCCACGGCGACGUGGAAUUUUACACGAGUGGCCGCAUCCGUCCUAUGGUGUUGCCAAAUGUUCAUCUCCUGCCGCAGCCGGAAAUCAAGCAGCGUCUCAUCCUGGAUGCGGAGAAGAGGAAGGAAGUGUCCGUGGACUUCGAAGACACAGAGGCUGAAACUAAGUUCGCGAUCAAAGACGACCAGGACCGCCAUCCCAGGCCAAACCAAAGGUUUGCUUCGCUUGCGAUGGCGGUGAGUCUGCCGCUGGGUGCAGCAGCGUUGCUGCUUCUCGCGGUCAGGGCGACGUUCAUUUUCCUGAGAAGUCGAUCCGAUGCCUGUAACGAUGACGAGGCUCUGUCGCUGCGGCAAACGGCUCACGAAUCUGAGGGCACGAUGACGGUGACACUGAUCUGA